AUGGGCUUGGUCCCCGAGCUCCUACCGCCACCGCAAUUCCCGGUUGGACUUCCACCAGCCGGCUCACGGGUUGGACUACACCCCAACAUCGGUCGGUGCCCAUUGAGGGGCUGUCCUUUGAAAGGUGCGGCGGCCAACCCAGGCCACAUCCUCCUCCAUGCACGCCGCAACCUGGCCGCGCUCUUCCACAUCGAGUACACCAAGAUUACCAAUGUGUCUCGUUGCCCAUUUGUCGACUGCGAAGACGGACCCUUCCAGAAUGUCGACGAUCUAGCAUGGCACCUUGCGAAGCACUGUGCCACCGCUACGAGCAAGAAUGGCUUUGUCUGUGGCAUCAAGACAAUUCAUGGAGUUUUCGGUGUUCAACUGCACGAACGGCCCUUGGCUGAGCAGCACCUCGAGCGCUCUCAUGGAUUCCUGUCCUACACAGGUCACGACAUGCCCUUGACGGUGGUCCGGUACUGCGAGUUCUGCCACCAGUGGGUAUUUGGUCGUUCCACCGCCUUGCAAAACGAUCACAUGCGCUCUCAUCUUCCUCUUGUGCCGACCCUGCUUCAAGACUCCCAGUGCUGUGACGGGUCUAUCCCCAUGAGGCGACUCUGUCCCUUCUGUCUGGGGGAUACGACGCUCUUUGCUUUUGAUCGCCUUCGCACCUUUUCCGACCAGAAGGAACAAGGCCUGCACACCGCCCAACACAUUGCCGUUAUGGAGGACGACAAGACCGUAUCAUGCCCUUUCACAUCCUGCAAUGAGCACGACCUCUCUCCGACGGCAUUGAUGGGCCACCUUGUCCAGCAACACUCUCUUCGUCACAUCUGUAAAGAUGGCGUCAUGCCCAACGACCUGUCAGGCCUUGUCUCCCGCAAGAGUACUCAACAACCUCCGCCAUCCAUAACCUGCCGUCAUGUUGACUGCCCUGUCACCCAUCAUAACAGACAGUGGAUGGAGCAACAUGAACGCCAACCACACACAGCUUGCAGAGACUGUAGCCUUAACAGCACGAGCGACCUCCACGAGCAAGAGGACCAUCUCUCCAGCCACCAUGGUACCGCCCCUUCCCACGACCAGCUCGAACACGAGCUCCAGCUUCUCGAUGCAUUCUACAUUGAGCUUGGACCAACAGCCUUCGAAGGACGGCUCGGAUUCAUUCACAAUUUACUGCCCCAGUACCAUCCCGAAACGUUGAAGCACCUCAUCAACACCAAUCUUGACCGCUGGCGGCGUAUGAACGUGGAAGUACUUCGUCCGCGUCUGGCGCAAAUGUAUCAGACGAUGGAAGAUGAGGGGCGCAUGUUGACAAGGGAGCAGGUAAUGGGUAUGGGAUAUGGAGCCCUUCGUAGGACGGCUGUUGCUGAAGACUCAGAGAACGCCGAUGAUGAGAAGGAUGAGAAGGGCAAGGGCAAAGCAAAGACUACUUGA